UAAAGCCGGUGGAGGCUCCUACAGAGAGAUCUAAAUUUUUUUUCAGAGAAAGUAAAACUGGACGCCAUCGCUUUUCAAAAAAAUUUGGGGAACAGCGUCACGGAUGUAAAACAAUCCCGACGCGAACCCACCAACCAAGACCCGACGCGUGGCCUCACCUUUCUUCCUUUCUUAGGUGGCGUCUUUCCAUUGGGGGCGUCACAGACGCUCCCCGAAUUCGCAGUCGCUCCAUCUCCACUACCGCCGUAUGAGAAGGUGAGAGAGUGAUUGUUGAAUUUGUGGAGAUCAGGAGAUGGUGGCAUCGAAGGUGGUGUACGAGGGAUGGAUGGUGCGGUGCGGACGGAGGAAGAUCGGCAGAUCCUACAUCCAUAUGCGGUAUUUCGUGUUGGAGUCGCGUCUGCUUGCUUACUAUAAGAGAAAGCCUCAGCAUAAUGUGGUUCCGAUCAAGACGCUUCUAAUUGAUGGGAAUUGUAGGGUGGAAGACAGAGGGUUGAAGACUCACCAUGGAUAUAUGGUUUAUGUUUUGUCUAUUUACAACAAGAAGGAGAAGUACCAUCGAAUCACGAUGGCAGCAUUCAAUAUCCAGGAGGCAUUACUCUGGAAAGAAAAAAUUGAGUCUGUAAUUGAUCAGCAUCAGGACUUACAAGUUGCUAAUGGAAAUAAAUAUAUUUCAUUUGAAUAUAAAUCUGGGAUGGAUAAUGGAAGGGCUGCUUCCUCAUCAGACCAUGAAAGUCAGUUUAGUGCACAGGAUGAUGAAGAAGAUACUCAUCGUGAUUUGGUUCGGAGAAAAACAAUUGGAAAUGGUAUUCCUGACUCAGUGCUUGACUGGACUCGAGAAAUAGAUUCAGAAUUGUCAAACCAGAAUAUCAACAAUCAAGCCUUUUCCAGAAAGCAUUGGCGUCUUCUCCAGUGCCAAAAUGGACUUCGAAUUUUUGAAGAGCUUCUUGAAGUUGAUUACCUUCCAAGGAGCUGUAGUAGAGCAAUGAAAGCUGUAGGGGUUGUGGAGGCAACCUGUGAAGAAAUAUUUGAGCUUGUAAUGAGCAUGGAUGGAAAACGGUUUGAGUGGGAUUGCAGUUUCCAAGAUGGCAGCUUAGUGGAGGAGGUAGAUGGACAUACGGCUAUUCUCUAUCAUAGGCUUCAGCUGGAUUGGUUCCCUAUGUUUGUGUGGCCUCGUGACCUUUGCUAUGUGCGUUAUUGGCGUCGAAAUGAUGAUGGAAGCUAUGUUGUGUUAUUUCGUUCUAGGGAGCACGAGAACUGUGGUCCACAACCAGGAUUUGUGCGUGCCCAUCUUGAAAGUGGGGGAUUCAACAUUUCCCCUCUAAAACCUCGAAAUGGGAGGCCCAGAACACAGGUUCAGCAUCUUCUGCAAAUUGAUCUGAAAGGAUGGGGUGCUGGUUAUAUUUCAUCUUUUCAGCAACAUUGUCUCCUUCAGGUGUUAAAUAGUGUUGCUGGACUGCGUGAGUGGUUUUCCCAGACGGAUGAAAGGAAUGCUCAACCAAGAAUUCCUGUUAUGGUCAAUAUGGCCUCAGCUUCUGUUACUUCAAAGAAGAAUCAGAAGCCACAGGAGUAUUCUGAUCAAUCAAAUGCUACAGGUAGGAACUCAAUGAUGAUGGAUGAAGACUCUGAUGAAGAUGAAGAAUUUCAAGUACCUGAGAGAGAACAAGAGGCAUACUCAAUGAGUCUUCAGAAUGAAGUCAAGGGAACAGCCAUGGAAGAAGAACCCCAAGAUAAAAUUGAUGUCUCAUGUUUUUCGGGUAAUCUACGACGUGAUGACCGUGAUAAGGGUCGUGACUGUUGGACGAUAUCUGAUGGGAACAACUUCAGAGUUCGUUGCAAGCAUUUUUUUUAUGACAAAACGAAGAUUCCUGCAGGGAAACAUCUUAUGGAUCUUGUUGCUGUUGAUUGGUUCAAAGACUCAAAACGGAUCGACCAUGUUGCUAGGCGACAAGGCUGUGCAGCACAAGUUGCAUCAGAGAAAGGACUUUUCUCUAUCAUCAUAAACCUCCAAGUACCCGGUUCAACACACUACAGUAUGGUAUUUUAUUUUGUAAGUAAGGAAUUAGUAACUGGAUCCCUGUUGCAACGAUUUGUUGAUGGUGAUGAUGAAUUCCGAAAUAGCAGGCUGAAACUCAUCCCAUCAGUUCCCAAGGGUUCAUGGAUUGUGCGCCAGAGUGUUGGAAGCACCCCUUGUUUAUUAGGAAAAGCAGUUGAUUGCAAUUAUAUCCGUGGUCCAAAGUACUUGGAGAUUGAUGUUGACAUUGGUUCUUCAACUGUUGCCAAUGGAGUUUUGGGCCUUGUAUGUGGUGUAAUUACAACAUUGGUUGUUGACAUGGCUUUCCUUGUACAGGCAAACACGGUGGAUGAGUUGCCGGAGAGGUUGAUUGGCGCCGUCCGGGUUUCCCAUGUAGAGCUUUCAUCAGCUAUAGUCCCAAAAUUGGACCCAGAUACAUGUGCUUGAGUUGAAACAUUGAAUUUUAUACAAAAUCUUUUGUUUGUUCAGGUAUGCACACAUAUGUAUAUCAAUAUUGACUUCCCAAUUCAAUACAUUACAUCUCCCAUUUACUAUA